AUGACUGCAAGCUGCUCGAUCCACCGCCCGCGCUAUAUCGACGAAGGCUACAUCCACCUUGAUUCCGUAAUCGGCAACGGCGCUUACGGUGUUGUCUUCUCAGCUGUCGACUACCGCUACCAGCCUCCUCUGAAGCGCGCAGUCAAGCAGCUGCGUCGCCAUGGCAUUGAUGAGAGGCAACUUCGCUUCCAACAACGCGAGACCCAAUUACAUUGGGCUGCCCGCAAUCACCCCUCCAUCAUUCACAUGGACCGCAUUGUUAGGGAGCCUGAUGGGAUCUAUGUUGUCAUGGACUAUGGAGACGAAGGUGACCUCUUCGCCAUGAUCACAGAGAAGCAUCGCUAUGCUGGUGACGACCUCUUGAUCAAGAAGGUCUUCAUUCAAAUCCUCGACGGUGUUGAGCACCUCCACAUGCUGGGCAUCGCUCAUCGCGAUGUCAAGCCCGAGAACAUUGUCUGCUCCAAUGACGGCACUGUUGUACGCAUUGUUGACUUUGGCCUCGCCACUCGUGACCUAUCGUCUACCGAGUUUGGAUGUGGGAGCACUUUCUACAUUGCGCCAGAGUGUCUUGGAGAGUGGGACAACGCAAGGUGCUACACGACCCAGACAGCAGAUGUCUGGUCGCUCGGUGUCAUCCUCGUGAACCUCGUCUGUGGUCGCAACCCAUGGCGCUGCGCGUCGCCGACCGACGAGUCCUUUACCGCUUUCCUCGCCGACCCUGCUUUCCUCCGUCGCAUUCUCCCCAUUUCGCACGAAUGUUUAGACAUUCUCACUAGAAUCUUUACGCCCAAGCCGGAGGAGCGCAUUUCCCUCGAGCACCUGCGUGUGCUCGUCAACAACAUUGCUUCGUUUACCGAGGAUGUCCAGCGCCCCAAGAUCCCAGCGCGUCCUGUCAUCCACACGGCGUUCUCGCCCAUCUCGCCUCCAUUGGUCACCCCUCCCCAGUAUGCGGAGGAAUACUUUGAAUCGUUCUACGAACCUGAAUCCUUCGUCUUCGACGACGCCGAAUUGUUCGGCCAGGACAACGACCUUCCGCCUCUCCACGUCGACUGCUCGUCGCCCCUGCCCCAACGCUCCUCCUCUGGCUCGAGCGAGGGCCCGUACCCCUGCACACCCAGCCCCGACACCAAUCUUGGUUACGCUGCUCCCCGUGUCGCGACCAAGGGAGGCAGCCUCUCUGGCUACCUCUCGCAGUGUGUGCAUACGGUGCCGGCUGCAUACCUCCAGUACUGA